AUAAAGCCAUCCUAUACAGCAAGCAGCCUCCAGUGCUUCCGCUCUUCUUUUCGCCCCUGCAGAGUCACAGACUUCCAGACCAGACCAAGCAAAGAGCAGCCGCCAAUCCAAUCCUCCAUCAUGUGCGGCAUCCUCGCUGUUUUAGGUUGCGCCGACAAUUCUCAAGCGAAACGUUCCCGUGUCAUUGAAUUAUCUCGCCGGUUGAAGCAUAGAGGACCAGAUUGGAGUGGAUUACAUUGCCAUGGAGAUUGUUACCUAGCUCACCAACGUUUGGCUAUUGUAGACCCUGCUUCUGGAGACCAGCCUCUUUACAAUCAAGACAAGACUGUUGUUGUCACCGUUAAUGGAGAGAUAUAUAACCACAAGGAAUUGCGGGCGCAGUUGAAGUCUCAUACUUUCCGAACUGGUAGUGACUGUGAAGUCAUUGCUCAUCUUUACGAAGAACAUGGAGAAAAUUUUGUGGACAUGUUGGACGGCAUGUUCUCAUUUGUCCUUCUUGAUACUCGUGACAAAAGUUUUAUUGCAGCUCGGGAUGCUAUUGGUAUUACCCCACUUUAUAUCGGUUGGGGUCUUGAUGGAUCUGUAUGGUUUGCUUCAGAAAUGAAAGCAUUGAGUGAUGAUUGUGAACGAUUCAUGUCUUUCUUGCCGGGGCAUAUAUAUUCAAGCAAACAAGGAGCGCUUAGAAGGUGGUACAACCCACCAUGGUUUUCAGAACAAAUACCCUCAUCCCCAUAUGAUCCCCUAGCUUUGCGGAAGGCCUUUGAGAAGGCUGUAGUCAAGAGACUUAUGACAGACGUACCUUUUGGUGUGCUUCUGUCUGGAGGACUGGACUCAUCACUUGUUGCUGCUGUGGCCUCUCGCCAUUUGGCUGACUCAGAAGCUGCUCAACAGUGGGGAUCACAAUUGCAUACCUUCUGUAUUGGUUUGAAGGGUUCCCCUGAUUUGAAAGCUGCAAGGGAGGUAGCAGAUUAUCUCCGAACUCGCCACCAUGAAUUUUACUUCACUGUACAGGAAGGGAUUGAUGCUCUUGAGGAAGUCAUCUAUCAUAUUGAAACAUAUGAUGUGACCACUGUUAGAGCCAGCACUCCAAUGUUUCUUAUGUCACGGAAAAUAAAAUCUUUAGGAGUGAAAAUGGUUAUUUCCGGGGAAGGUUCAGAUGAAAUCUUUGGAGGUUACCUGUAUUUCCACAAGGCACCUAACAAGGAGGAGUUUCACCAAGAGACAUGUCGAAAGAUUAAAGCUCUUCAUCUUUAUGACUGCUUGAGGGCCAACAAAUCGACUUCAGCAUGGGGUGUUGAGGCUCGUGUUCCCUUUUUGGAUAAAGAAUUCAUCAACAUUGCAAUGAGCAUAGACCCUGAGUGGAAAAUGAUCAGGCCUGAUCUGGGAAGGAUUGAGAAGUGGGUCUUACGUAAUGCUUUUGAUGAUGAGAAGAAUCCAUAUCUGCCAAAGCACAUAUUGUACAGGCAGAAGGAACAGUUCAGUGAUGGAGUUGGGUACAGUUGGAUUGAUGGUUUGAAGGAUCAUGCAAACAAACAAGUCACAGAUGCAAUGUUGAUGAAUGCAAGCUUCAUUUACCCAGAAAAUACUCCUACAACCAAAGAGGCAUAUUACUACAGAACCAUCUUUGAGAAAUUCUUUCCUAAGAAUUCCGCAAGGUCAACAGUUCCUGGAGGUCCAAGUGUGGCAUGCAGUACUGCAAAAGCAGUGGAAUGGGAUGCCGCGUGGUCAAAAAAUCUUGACCCUUCUGGUCGUGCUGCCCUAGGUGUCCAUGAAGCUGCGUACGAGGAAACAGUAGACACCAAGGCUGCCAGUCAGAAUAAUGGGUCCCCCUAGAAACCACAAGGCACGCUGGAGAAAACUGCAACAGUUGCUUGAUUGAAGACACUGCAGCGGUUUUGUUUGGCACGUAUUUGUGGGGGAAGCUGCUGGUGACCAUGGGAGGAAGAUUCUGCAUCGAAAGCUUGUGCGGAAGAUCGAGGAAUUUACAUCAUCAGAUGUUGAAUAGCUAGCUGUCUGUUCAUACUUGAAUCAAUGGUUGUUUUCGUUCGCUUUAGUUAGGGUACGUAGUCCUUCUCGUGAUCUGUGCCCCUCUCCUGUGUUUUCCUAGGUUUGUUGUGCUAGUGAGUAUUGUGCAUUCGAAGAAGGAUAACAAAUUUAUCUAUCAUUUGGCACCUUUAUUAGUCCAUAUCCUAUGACCUUAAAUGA